CUUCUAAACUUCAUCUUGCUCCUGCGAAACCCUUCAUUUUUCCGUCUAAACGGCACCAUUUUCUAUCCUUUAAAGCAACAUAUAUUAGUCUCUGCCAAAGCUGCUUCUUCCAUCUUCACCUUCACGACCACAAUAGAAGAUGAACGAGAACAAGAACAAGAGAUAGACGCAGUCAACAUUGCUGAGGAUGUGAUCCAGAACUUGAAUUAGGAUCGACUAACAUAAAUUAUCAGCUAUUGAUUUUCAAAUCUCACCGUUGAAAUGAUGAUGCUAUAUUUAGUAUCUGAAACAGUUGGAUUUAGAAAGAAUCCUCUUAAUUGCAUUUUGGUUAAGUUGUUCUGACAGAUUCAGAAAAAGGUCUAAAAGGGGCUAUUGAUAAAGCUGAAGAAAUUGGCGUCAGUAUACCAAAACCAAAUGCUUACAGUUUGAUAACGUUACCCAGCUAGUGUGAAGGAACUGCAGAUACACUUUGAAACUACGGGACCAGAAAUGUGGGGGGACUCUUUGGAUGGUGUCGACCUGUUUGUUGCUGCAAUCGGAACUGGUUGUAUUGUUACAGGAACUAGGCAUUACUUUAAAAUGAUAAACAACAACAUUCGGUUCUAAUUGGUUUUAAAAUUUACUGGUUUACAAUGUCCAUUUAACAUCAAUAGUUUCACUACUCAAUAUGAUCUAUACCCUUGUUCCUGCAAGAUAUCAGUAUAUGAUAUAAGGAAAGUUUUGAGCUGAUAAUAGUGUUAGACAUUUGAAAUUUGUUAGCUUAAUCGGAUACAUUCAUUUUUACAUUUUACAGGAAAUCGCACGUUUUUCCCUUUUGAAUUUUGGAUUGCAUAUCGUUAUACGAGUAAAUUUCUCAAAUUUUGGCGUUUUAUAGCUAAGAUUGAAAAUGGGUUUGGUGAUUUUUCUGGUGUUCAUAAUUGCUGCAUUUCAUCGUGACUUUCGUAUUUUUAAGUCGAAAUGGCAAAAGAGUUAUGAAAGGUUAUUGUUAGGAUUUUUUGAGUUCCUAAUGUGGUUUUUAUGUUUAAAUACUAGAACUUGAACUAGGAUCGGCUAACAUAAAUCAUCAGCUAUUGAUUUUCAAAUCUUACCAUUGAAAUGAUGAUGCUAUAUUUAGUUUCUCAAACACUUAGAAAGAAUCCUUUUAAUUGCAUUUUGGUGAAGUUGUUCUGACAGAUCCAGAAAAAAGGUCUAAAAGGGGCUAUUGAUAAAGCUGAAGAAAUUGGCGUCAGUAUACCAAAUGCUUACAGUUUGAUAACGUUACCUAGCUAGUGUGAAGAUACACUUUGAAACUACGGGACCAGAAAUGUGGGGGACUCUUUGGAUGGUGUAGACCUGUUUGUUGCUGCAAUCGGAACUGGUUGUAUUGUUACAGGAACUAGGCAUUACUUUAAAAUGAUGAACAACAUUCGGGUUCUAUUUGGUUUUAGAAUAACCAAUGUCCAUUUAACAUCAAUAGUUUCACUACUCAAUAUGAUCUAUACCCUUGUUCCUGCAAGAUAUCAGUAUAUAAGGAAAGUUUUGAGCUGAUAAUAGUGUUACACAUUUAAAAUUUGUUAGCUUAAUCGGAUACAUUCAUUUUUAGAUUUUAUAGGUACCAAUAUACAAAUUCAAAGUGUUAGUAUUAGUUUCUCUUUUGCUGCAUCCCCUCCAAAUCUGUUAAUCCUUUGAACAACUUGUGUUACUUGGAUGGUUGGUGAGGAACCUGCAGAGAGGAGUGUAAUCUCUGGAGACAAUCCAGAUGGAAAGCUUUCCAUUUGGUUACAGAAGCAUAAAUGAAAUUUUUGUGCUCUUUUUUUGCCUUCUUUUCUUUUAGCAUAAGUAUCGGUGCAGAUUAUGGGUUAAGCAAUCUUGGAUGUUAAGUUGCUUGAUGAGGAUCUUUGUCUCUCUGAUUACAUCAUGCCAUAGAACAUUGGAUAUGCUUGCCCAUGUCUUGUCUAUGUCUAAAACAGUCAACUACACUUUCUUUUCUUUUCUUUUUUUUUCAUUCACUUCGUCAUAAGUUGAGUAACCAAUUAAUGUAGUUUUCCCUGUCCCUCGUCCUUGCCAUCUUCUUGACAACCAUUAAUCAUUGACGAAGAAAGAUUUCAUUUCUCAUUUUUAGAGGCACACCAAUCCCAUUGGAGCCAAAGAUCUUGAUUUCUCUCUUUAUUUAUUGAGUUUAUUUCUUAAUUUUUUAGUGUUCUUAACAUGCAGUUUCACCAUUUAACCUUGUCAAAUGAGCUUUCUGCUGUAGGUUACAACUGAUGAAGCUAUUGAAUUGUCGAGGAGAGUAGUGUUGGAGGAAGGCCUGAAGAUGAUAUAGGUUAUAUUUCUAAGCUUUGGUGAGAGUCAAAUUCCGACUGCUCUUUUCCAUUCUACACAUGAAGAGGUUCAGAAAAUGCCUACAAGUUCAUGUAAAAUUACUCUUUCUAGAUGGGUCCUACCGUGCAAAUCCAUUCCCAUAUUUUCAGGUGGUAACUAGCCGCUAUAUUUCUUGCUAGGUGAAUUUAAAUAGCUUUUGUUGGACAGUUUAUCCAGUCAACAUCUUGACACUGCAACUUUUUUUCUUCUUCCAGGCCCAGUCAUUAUAGGAUGCAUGUACUCUCUGUCAGGUAAUGCUUACUGAUCCAGAGAUUCUAUUUCACAAAGCUGUGCAUAAGAUGUUUCUC